GCCCAGCUCUUUCAUGCGCCUGAGGUCCUGGACCUGAACCGCCACCACCAUCAUCUGCGACGAGUUCCUUCUUCGGCUGCCUGCUAAAUUGGUAGCAGUAAGAGGACUGUGUCUUGGUUGCAAAGUAAGUAAGUUGCCCUUAGCUAUGGAGGAAGACAGCGUCGGAGAAGUGCUUUACGAGAUACGUAAUCACGCCACUGGACCUUACUCUUCCAAUUAUCCUCCUCAAUCCUCAAAGAGAAAUGAAGGCGGUAAAGGGGUUCUAUGGUCGCUGCUUUCAGCUCCAGGUAUAAGUCAACUGAAGGAGAAAUGGAGGGGUUACAGGAGUCCAUUGAAAAUCAAGAAACCUAUAUCUUUGAUUAUCUCUCCAAGAGGUGAACGAGUGGCUGUUGCUACUGGAAAUGAGAUUACAAUCCUGAGAAAGGAGGAUGACUACCGGGAGCCCUUUGGCACUUUUACCGGUAGUGGCCCUGGUAUAUUUUCCCAUGGGGUUUGGUCAGAAACUCAUGAUAUUCUUGGAAUUGCUGAUGAUAAUGAUGUACUCUAUUUCAUCAAAGCAAAUGGUGAGGAGAUCACAAGAAUUAUGAAGGGGCAGUUAAAAGCUGCUUUUCCAAUAAUAGGCUUGAUUCAGCAGGACAAUACUGAUGCACACGGCUCUUGUUUGUGUAGCUUCCUCAUUCUCGCAUCAAAUGGAUUUCUUCAUCAUGUAGAGAUCAGCCCACAACCAGCUGCCUCUAUUUCCUCCAUGAGCACAUCAAAGAGUGGGUUAACUGUGAAGAGACAAUUCCCCAAGGAUGUUUACUGCUUUGACUAUGAUCCUGAGCAUUCUUUGCUUCUUGUUGUUGGUAGCGCUGAUAGCAACUCACUUAUGUCUACUGGAAAUACUGGAUCCUGUCAGCUUUCUCUUUGGCGAUGCAAGGAUGUAGAUCUAGAACCAUUGUUCUCUAUCCAAUUUGAAGGCUUGUAUUGCAAACCAAAAGAUUAUGUAGGUCAGAUAACAUAUCCAAAGGUGCUAAUGUCUCCCCGGGGAAGUUUUGUUGCAACUUUAGAUAUAACUGGAUGCUUGCACUUUUUAAAGUUGGAUAAAAAACAGUGCUCACUUUCUAGCUUUGAUGUUGGAGAUAAAUUAGGCUCACAGUCACGAGUGACCAGUAACUUAUCGAACAGACAAAAUGAACUUCUAAUUGAUAAUGUUGAUUUUACUUGGUGGUCUGACCAUAUUGUGACUCUUGCAAGGAGGGGUGGUCUUGUCACCAUGCUUGAUAUCCUUACUGGCUUAAAACUUCAAGAAAAAGAUCCUGUAUAUUUGAUGCCUGUUUUAGAUAGAGUACAGCAGCUUCAAGGGCAAAUAUUUGUUUUAGAGAGCAAAUCAUGUGGAGAUAUAAAAAUAUCAUCUAAUGAUAAUGGAGAAUCAAGAAGUGUAGACCAUGUGCAGCAGAUAAAUGAAGAUGCAAGUGAUCAGUUUGAACUUUCUAGGUUGCGCUGGAGGUUGAUAUCAAUUUCAGAAAGAUCCAUUCCUGAAAUGUACAGUAUCUUAAUUGACAACCAUAAAUAUCAGGAAGCAUUGGACUUUGCCAAUCGUCAUGGAUUGGACAUAGAUGAAGUUAUAAAAUCACAGUGGUUGCACUCUUCCCAAGGAGUAAAUGAAAUAAAUAUGUUUUUAUCAAAUAUUAAGGAUCAUGGUUUUGUACUUUCUGAAUGCUUUAACAAAGCUGGACCAACUGAAGGUGCUGUAAAAGCAUUACUUGCACAUGGGCUGCAUGCAACUGAUCAGUACCAUUUUUCAAAAUCAGAAGAUUAUGAAAAAAGCCAAAUCUGGGAUUUCCGCUUGGCCAGGCUGCAGUUAUUGCAAUUCAGAGACAGGCUAGAGACUUAUCUGGGAAUAAACAUGGGCAGGUUUUCUGUGCAGGAGUAUGGGAAAUUUCGUGUUAUGCCUCUAAGUGAAGUUGCUGUUGCACUUGCUGAAAGUGGGAAAAUUGGGGCUUUAAACCUCCUGUUCAAACGUCAUCCUUAUUCUCUUUCUCCUUCUAUAUUGCCCAUACUAGCUGCUAUUCCUGAGACUGUUCCUGUUCAAACCUAUGGUCAACUUCUUCCUGGAAGGUCCCCUCCUGUGAGUGUUUCUCUUAGGGAUGAAGAUUGGGUUGAAUGUGAAGAGAUGUUGAGCUUUAUCAACAAUUUGCCUGAGAAUCAUGAGAGUGCUAUCCAGAUCAGAACUGAGCCUAUGGUCAAACGAUGCUCAGGUUACAUUUGGCCAUCAAUUAGUGAACUGUCUGUAUGGUACAUGAAUAGAGCUAGAGAUAUUGAUAGCUACAGUGGCCAACUGGAUAACUGCCUCUUUCUGGUUGACUUAGCUUGUCGAAAAGGUAUCAUUGAAUUACAGCAGUUUCACAAUGAUAUUUCAUUCUUGCAUCAGCUUAUUUAUUCUGAUGACAGUGAUGGUGAAAUAGGCUUCAAUAUUAGCCUUAUGGAGUGGGAAGAGUUAUCUGAUUAUGAAAAAUUCAGAAUGAUGCUCAAGGAAGUCAAUGAGGAAAUUGUGGUAAAAAAGUUGCAUGAUAUGGCAAUUCCUUUUAUGCAAAGUAGGUUUCAUGACUUGACCUCUGUUACCCAAGGUCAGGUUGAAGAUGGUCAUUUUUCUUUAGACCAUAAGGAUGAAUCAUUUCUGGUUAGGUGGCUUAAGGAAAUUGCGUCAGAGAACAAAUUAGAUAUAUGUUUGAUAGUUAUCGAGGAAGGGUGCAGGGAAUUGCAGACUAACGGAUUCUUCAAGGAUGAGAAUGAAGCUGUGGAUUGUGCUCUGCAAUGUGUAUAUUUGUGCACAGUUGCAGACAGAUGGAGUACAUUGGCUACCAUAUUGUCUAAGCUUCCACAAAAGCAAGAUGCUGUAACGUAUACUUGUGACCUUGAGAAAAGACUUAAACUUGCAGAAGGCCAUAUUGAAGCUGGGAGGCUUUUGGCAUUUUACCAGGUUCCAAAGCCUAUGAACUUCUUCAUUGAGGGUCAUGAAGAUGAAAAAGGAGUGAAGCAGAUUCUUCGCCUUAUGCUUUCUAAAUUUGUUCGACGACAGCCAGGUCGAUUAGAUAAUGAAUGGGCAAGCAUGUGGCGUGAUAUGCAAUGCUUGCGAGAGAAGGCUUUUCCUUUUCUUGAUCCAGAGUAUAUGUUAACUGAAUUCUGCAGAGGCUUACUGAAAGCUGGGAGAUUUUCUCUUGCAAGAAAUUAUCUGAAGGGUACAAGUUCAGUGUCCUUGGCAUCAGAGAAAGCAGAAAAUCUUGUUAUUCAAGCUGCACGGGAAUUCUUUUUCUCAGCUUCUAGUCUGUCAUGCUCAGAAAUCUGGAAGGCUAAGGAAUGCUUAAAUUUGUUUCCAAGUAGCAGACAUGUUCAAGCAGAGGCCGAUAUGAUUGAGGCACUCACUGUUAAGCUUCCAAACCUAGGAGUGACUCUUCUACCCAUGCAAUUCAGGCAGAUACGGGAUCCUAUGGAGAUUGUCAAAAUGGCAAUUGCUAGUCAACCUGGAGCUUAUCUACAUGUUGAUGAACUCAUUGAAGUUGCCAAACUUCUUGGAUUGAACUCUCCAGAUGAUAUAUCAGCUAUUGAGGAGGCUAUUGCUAGAGAAGCUGCUGUAGCUGGUGAUCUGCAAUUGGCAUUUGAUCUCUGCCUUGUUUUGGCAAAAAAGGGGCAUGGUCUCAUAUGGGAUUUGUGUGCUGCAAUAGCAAGAGGUCCUGCACUUGAAAAUAUGGAUAUAAACUCUCGAAAGCAACUACUUGGUUUUGCUUUGAGUCACUGUGAUGAGGAGUCUAUUGGUGAGCUUCUCCAUGCAUGGAAAGAUCUAGACAUGCAGGGCCAGUGUGAUACUUUGGUGAUGUUAACAGGGAGUGUUCCUAAUUUCCCACCUGAAGAUUCCUCAAUUAUGUCAGUUCCAGUGCAUAGUAUUCAAGAUAUGGCUGACCUCAAAGAUUGCUCUAAACUGGUUGAUGUAGCAAAUAAUGACAACCAAGAAACUCACUUGAGUAAAGCAAAAGAAAGACUUUCUUCUGUUGCUAAAAGUUUGCCUAUUGACCAUGGAACUGAUAUUGAAUCUUUUUUGAGAGAAAAUGGAAAAAUCUUAUCUUUUGCUGCUUUCCAGCUUCCAUGGUUGCUUGACUUGAGUAGGAAAGCAGUAAAUAAUAAGAAGCUUUCAGACUUUAUUCCUGGAAAACAAUACAUGAGCAUUCAAACGCAAGCCCUGAUAAUUAUGCUAUCCUGGUUGGUGAGAAAUGUUUUUGCUCCCAAAGACAAUGUUAUUGCAUCUCUGGCAAAAUCAAUUAUAGAACCACCAGCUACAGAAGAGAAGGAUGUCCUGGGGUGCUCCCUCUUGUUGAAUCUUGUGGAUGCCUUUAGUGGGGUAGAAGUAAUAGAAGAGCAGCUUAGGAUAAGGAAGAACUACCAAGAGAUCUGUAGCAUCAUGAAUGUGGGAAUGACUUACUGUUUAUUGCGUAACUUUGAAGUUGAAUGUAAUGGUCCUUUUCAGAGGAGGGAGCUGCUAUUAAGGAAGUUUGAAGAGAAGCGCACGCCACUUAGUUCUGAUGAGAUCAACAAAAUUGAUGAAGUACAAUCAACAUUCUGGAGGCAAUGGAAGCUCAAAUUAGAAGAAAAAAAGCGUGUAGCAGAACAUUCUAGAGUUUUGGAGCGAAUCAUUCCUGGGGUUGAAACCACACGCUUUCUAUCUGGGGACUAUAACUACAUUGAGAACGUUGUAUUUUCCUUAAUUGAAUCAGUGAAGUUGGAAAAGAAACGCAUUUUGAAGGAUGUGUUGCAAUUAGCUGACACUUAUGGUUUGAAUCAUACUGAGGUGCUACUUCGGUACCUGAGUUCUAUUCUUGUUUCUGAGAUUUGGACUGAUGAUGAUAUUAUGGCUGAAAUUUCGGAAGUCAAAACAGAAAUAGUCGACUGUGCUUCAGAAACCAUUAAAACCAUUUCCUUGGUAGUGUACCCAGCUAUUGAUGGGUGCAAUAAGCAGCGUCUUGCCUGUAUUUUUGGCCUCCUCUCCGACUGCUACUUGCAGCUGGAGGAAACUAAGCAAUCACUGCAAGCAAUAGAAGAAUGUUCAUCUCGUUUAUCCACUCUUGAAUUAGCUUGUUUAUACAAGGUAAUGGAGCAAGAAUGUGAAAGAGUGUCUUUUAUUAAGAACCUAAAUUUCAAAAAUGUUGCUGGAUUAGAUGGUUUGAAUUUGCAAUCUCUACGCAGUGAAGUUUGCAGACACAUCAAUGAAUUUAAUUUGGAAGCAUUGGCAAAAAUGGUACAAACACUGGCCAAUAUCUAUACCAAUUCAGUGCCUGAAGAUCUGAUGAUGUGGCAGGAUGUAUACAAACAUUACAUUCUUAGUUUGUUUACAACAUUGCAAAAUAGCACUGGAAUGGAGUUAAACAUUGGAAACCCUGAAAAGUUUCAGGAGUUUAUUAGUCAACUUGAGCACACCUAUGAUUCUUCUCAAAUGUAUAUCAGACUUUUGGCACCUGCAGAUGCUUUGGACAUUAUGAAGCAAUAUUUAACUGUGAUUAUACCUUUGCAUGGUUUUCGUGGGAGUAUUCCAGAUAACUCAACAUGGCAGGAUUGCCUCAUCAUCCUUUUAAACUUUUGGCUUAGGUUGACAGAAGAAAUGCAGGAAAUCGCUUCUAAUGAGAGCUCAAUUGAAAAAAUCAGGUUCCGUCCAGAAUGCUUGUCAAGUUGCUUGAAGGUACUUAUGAGGUUGGUGAUGGAGGACACUGUGUCCCCAAGUCAGAGCUGGGGAACCAUUGUCGGCUAUGUCACUAAUGGCUUAAUUGGUGAUUUUCCUGUUGAGAUUCUGAUUUUCUGCAAAGCGAUGGUAUUUUCUGGUUGCGGGUUUGGAGCUGUCUCGGAAGUGUUCUCAGAAGCACUCUCACAUUGUGAUACCCAUUCAACUCCAUCAGCCGACUCUGAAGCUCAGGAUCUUCUUCAUCUCUAUAUAAAUAUGUUGGAACCCAUUUUAAAAGACUUGGUUAGUGGCUCCCAUGAAAACCAUAAUUUGUAUCAUUUGCUAUCAUCUUUGAGUAAGUUGGAAGGUCAACUGGAGGACUUGCAGAGGGUCAGGUGGGUAGUUUGGGAAAGAAUGGUCCACUUCUCUGAUAACUCACAGCUACCAAGUCAUGUUCGGGUUUAUGUUCUAGAACUUAUGCAAUUGAUUGGUGGUAGAAAUAUUAAGGGUUUCUCUGCAGAGCUACAAUCCAAAGUUUUACCAUGGGAAGGAUGGGAUGAGUUGCUGUCUGCUGGUAGAAAGAGUGAGACUACUGCCAAUCAUGGAUUGCUGGACAAUACAGAUGCUUCGAAUCAGGUCACAAGUACCUUAGUUGCCCUUAAAUCAUCUCAGCUUGCAGCUGCCAUCUCCCCCACCAAAGAAAUAACUCCUGAUGAUCUUUUAAAUACAGAGACAGCUGUCUCUUGCUUCUUGAAGUUGUGUGAAGGUUCCAAUUCAAAUACUGAUGUUGAAGUACUGCUAGCCAUUUUGGAAGAAUGGGAGGGAUUCUUUGUUGUUAGAAGAGUUGAGAAAGAUUCUGCAGAAGCAUCUGCAGCAGGAAUUGAUUGGAAUAAUGAUGACUGGGAUGAAGGAUGGGAAAGCUUUCAGGAAGUAGAAUCUCUUGAUAAAGAGAAGACAGGUAACUGCCUCUGUGUUCACCCUUUACAUGUGUGUUGGAUGGAGAUUUUCAAAAAACUGAUUGCACUUUCACGGUUAAAUGACAUAUUAAGACUGAUCGACCAAUCCUUGCCAAAAUCUAAUGGAAUAUUGCUGGAUGAAGAUGAUACCAAGAUGUUGAGUCAGAUUUUACUUGAGAUAGAUUGUUUGCUGGCUUUGAAGCUGGUGCUUCUUCUGCCCUAUGAAGCAAUUCAGUUGCAAUGCUUGGUUGCAGUUGAAGACGGACUGAAACAAGGAGGCAUCUCAGACACAGUUGGGAGGGACCAAGAGUUCUUCAUUCUUAUAUUAUCAUCUGGGAUUGUAUCAACUAUAAUGAGCAACUCUUUAUACGGCAUUACUUUCUCUUAUCUCUGCUAUCUGACAGGCAUUUUCUCUCGCCAGUGUCAGGAAGCGGAGUUGUCAAGGACUGUGAAGAAAGGAAAUAAGGAACCUGUAGACAAUGAGGACUUCUUGCUUAUUUUCAGGAGAAUACUGUUCCCAUCCUUCAUAUCAGAGCUUGUAAAAGCUGAUCAGCAGAUCCUAGGAGGAUUUUUUGUUACGAAAUUUAUGCACACGAAUGCUUCUCUUAGUCUUAUUAAUGUUGCAGAGGCUAGUCUUCGCAGGUUCCUAGAGAGGCAGCUCCACACCCUGCAGCAGGAUGAGUGUGAUCCUGAGGAGAUGAGUUCAUGCAAAAUGUUGAAGAACACAGUUUCCUCAUUGAGAGAAAAGUUGGCCAAUAGCAUCCAGUCUGCAAUGGCAUUGCUUCCUAAUGUGAGAUGAGAUGCUAGGUAUAAGACUUCUAUAAAUUUGUUUCAUAAAUAUGUUGUUUUUGUAGGAUUCGGAUUUUGGAGGGGGGCAUAUGGGGAUAGUGAUUUUCAUUUACACACUGAAUUUGUACACAAUUUUUGCUCCUCUACCCAACUAUUUACAAGAAUAUGAGAUUUAGGCUCUA